CGUCACAACAAAAAGUUAGAAGGUGGUUUCUCUCUUUUGUUGUCUUUGCCUCCUGCCAUAUUUGAAGGCUUCUUCCUUUCAUACUUAUCGUCUUCUUCACUGAAGACUAAGCAAGCAUGGGAAGAAUCCGCAGAAAGCUCGAUGCUCUCCUUGGCCGGAAAUUCAAAACCUCACAGUUCAAAGCCACCGUUAACCUCGCCGUCACCCGCCUCUCCGUCCUAAAAAAACAGCGCCAAACUCGCCUCGGGGUGGCUCGCUCCGAUAUCAUCGAUCUCCUCAAGCUUAACCACCAUGAACACGCUCUUAACCGGGUUGAGCAAGUGAUUAAGGAGCAGAACAUGUUUGAUGCGUUUGUAAUGAUGGAUGGUUACUGUCAUCUGCUGUUACAAAUGGUGAAUCUCAUAGAACAAGAGAAGAAUUGCCCUGAUGAACUAAAAGAGGCAGCAUCAAGCUUGCUGUACGCAGCUCCGAGAUGUGGAGAGUUCCCGGAGCUUCAAGAGAUUCGAGCGAUUCUCACAGCACGUUUCGGGAAGGAAUUUGCUAAAGGUGCUAUUGACUUACGGAGUAACUGUGGAGUUAACACGAGGAUGAUACAGAAACUGUCUCCCCAAAAGCCACUCUUGGAGAACCGAAUGAGGAUGCUUCAAGAGAUCGCUACAGAGAAUGGCAUCGUUCUGCAACUAGACGAUGUGUCUCCAGUGAUUAAAGAUAAUCAAUCAGAAGUCGGGGAUGUAUCAACACAUAGUGGGAUUGAAAACACUUCGAAUGCUUUGGGGGAUGAGUUCGUUGAAGUUUCGAGUUUCUCGGAGUCCAUAAAGGGGAAGAAGAAAUUCAGGGAUGUACAACAUGCUGCUCAAGCUGCGUUUGAAUCAGCCGCGUAUUCAGCGGCUGCCGCCAGAGCUGCGGUGGAGCUCUCUCGGCCAAGAUCUUUCGAUUCUGAUAAUCCCGAUAGCCCCAAUUCCCGACCAAGAAAAGCACUUGAUUCCAAGCCGGAUAAAUCAAAACUCCAAAUGAGAUAUGAGAAAAGUCACGAAUCGGAAUCAGAAUCUGAAUCUGCCCUAAACCUUAAAGAAGAACAUGAAGAUAAGGUAGAGAAUGAUGGUGAAAAAAUUAGAAAAAUCACGGUGGCCGGAGACACUGAUGGUUCUGAUUCGGAUAGGUAUAAGCAGCCAUUGGAGAAGACGAAGACGAUUGUUUUCGACGAGAGUGACAACGACAUUGAAAACAAUAAUACUGGUUUUUUGUCAUCAAGAAACUAUGAUAAAGGAAUGGAUGCAGAACAAGAACAACCGGAGUAUGAUUCUGGAUUUGACGAAGGGUGGAAGAUGGAGUCGGGAGUGAAGCAACUAGAUAUUACAAAGAGGCCGAUUUCUGUGAGGACUAAACGAGUUUAUGUACGAUAACAAGCUGUGAAUUGUGUGAUCGUGUUCGAAGUUUUGCGAGUACGAAUGGGUUAUUAAGGCGUUCUGUUCCUAAGUUUUGAAGGUUUGAUGUUUUUUUUAUUUAAUUUCUGUAAGAAUGCAUUUUGUUAUGCUAGGAAGGUUAUGUUAUAUGUUGCAUUCCACAUAGGUGAAUAUAUUUGUUUAUGUACGCUUUACACUUUAUGGGUUAUAUUCUUACUUAAAUAGC